ACGGGUGGCCAUGGCGGAGCUCGAGGGCUUGACCGGGGCUUUGGUGUUGUAUGAGAGGUGGGCCCCUGGACACGGCGGUGGUGCCGGCGAUGAGCUGCAACGGGUGCCGCGUGCUGCGGAAGGGGUGCAGCGAGGCGUGCGUGCUGCGGCCGUGCCUGCAGUGGAUCGAGGGCGCCGAGGCGCAGGGCCACGCCACCGUCUUCGUCGCCAAGUUCUUCGGCCGCGCCGGGCUCAUGUCCUUCCUCACCGCCGUCCCCGAGCCGCAGCGCCCUGCGGUGUUCCAGUCCCUGCUGUACGAGGCGGCGGGGCGGACGAUCAACCCGGUGAGCGGCGCCGUGGGUCUGCUCGGUGCCGGGAGCUGGCACCUCUGCCAGGCGGCUGUGGAGACCGUCCUCCGCGGCGGCGGCAUCCGCCCGCUGCCGGAGCUCGACGGCGGCGUCCCCGCGGCCGACGGAUCGUUCGCUUUCACGGCGAGGCGGGCGGCGGGGUGCUCGACGUUCUCGGCCGCGAAGCGGGCGACGGGGAGGGUGCUGAACGUGGGGGCGCCCGUCGCGGUGGCCGGCGGCGCACCGGAGCCGUCGUGCGACCUCGGGCUGUGUCUCAGCCCCGGGUCCCCGCCGGCGCCCGGGGAGCGGCGGCCGAGGCGGCCCGGCACCCCGUCGAUGACCUCGGAGGAGUCCGUGACGACGACGAGCGGCGGCGGCGGCGGGAGGGAGCCCGAGCUGCUGAACCUUUUUGUCUGAGAUUUAGCUAGACGGCUAGCUAAGCGUUCGAUCAUGCGGUGUACUGUGCUGGAUCCCGGCGAAAAAUGUUUGGUUAGCCCCUCGCCGGCGAGGUAUCCGUAGUCUUCUUCCUUUUGGGGCGCGUGCGUAGAAACCGCCGACGGUCGAGCGCCGGUGCCGGCAGCUCCGCCUGCAGCCCAGCCGCCGUCCGUUAACUACAAUUUCUUUUGUUUCUUCCCCGCUCUUUUGGCAAGCAGCAGCACCGCUCGAUCGAUCGAUCGCUGAAUAAAACUGUAAAGAAAAGUAAAAGCUA